AGCGAGAGCUGGAAUGUUCACAACUUAAUUAACAAAAAAAUCAUGUCUGCAGACAUCUUUCACCACGCUCCUUCCCUCCAAACGAUACGCCUUAGAGACAAACUGAUUGAGGCAGGAUAAUUCUUUAUUCCAGUGUGGUUUCUGCCUGGCUGAGCAGGGUGUAGCUGCGAGCAAGGUGGGAGCGGUGAGUGCUGCAGCUGCCGUGAGAUGGCUGCAGUUACAGACAAAACCUUUUUUGUGCCAGUUCUGCCACCCCUGUCCCCUCAGCCAAACCGGGCCCAGCAGGUGAUUGUCCCCCUCUAUUCUGCCCUCAUGAGACGCCACCUGCAGAGCUGCCUCCAGCUCUGGAACCAACAAUAUCACAAGGACAUGGAGCUGAUGGAGUAAGUGCAGAGGAGACCACAAAGAUUCUCCAAGGGUUGAAGCCCCUUUGCCCUGGAGCCAGGCUGGGAAAGCUGGGGGUGUUCACCUGGAGAAGGUUCCAGGGAGAGCUCGGAGCCCCUAAAGGGAUUCUAAGAGAGCUGGAGAGGGACUUUGGACAAGGGCCUGGAGGGACAGGACAAGAAGGAAUGGCUUCCCACUGCCAGAGGGCAGGGAUGGAUGGGAUAUUGAGAAAGAAUUCCUGGCUCUGAGGGUAGGGAAGCCCUGGCACAGGUUGCCCCGAGAAGCUGUGGCUGCCUCUGGAUCCCUGGAAGUGUCCAAAGUAGGCUGGACACUGGGGCUUGGAGCAACCUGGGACAGUGGGAGGUGUCCCUGCCCAUGGCAGGGGGUUGGAACUGGAUGAUUUUUCAUCCCUUCCCACCCAAAGCGUUCUGUGAUUAAAGGAUGUGUCGCAUCCGCUGCAAGGGCUCGGUGUGCGGUGCAGGGUUCGCUGUCAGGGUUGCGGUACCUGGGGAGGGGUCGGGGUUCGGGGAAGGGUUCGGAGCCUGGGGCAGGGUCGGUGCCGGGAUUUCGGAGCCCGGCCCAGCCCCGUGUGGCGGCCGCUCCUCCCCACAGGCCGCUCCCGCCUCAGCCGCGGCUGCGCGGGCCGGGCCGGGCCGGGCCAUGAGGGCGGCGGGGGCGGCGCUGGCGGCGGCGGCGGUGAGCGUGGUGCUGCUGGCGGUGGCGGCCUGGCGGCGGGCCCGGCCCGUCAGGGAGGUUCUGUUCUUCCCUUCGCGGCCCUGCUGCAUCGAGGCGCUGCUGGCCGAGGCCGCCGAGCCCGGGGCGCCCGUCCGGCCCUGCCCGUGCCCGCUGCCGAGCGGCGACACCGCCCUGAGCCGCCUGGUGCGCCGCCUCCUCUCCGCCCGCCGCUCGCUCGACCUCUGCGUCUUCGCCUUCUCCUGCCCGCAGCUCGCCCGCACCGUGCAGCUCCUGCACCACCGCGGGGUCCGUGUUCGCCUGGUGACGGACGCGCAGUACAUGGGCAUGCACGGCUCCCAGAUCGGCCGCCUGCGCCACGCGGGGAUCCAGGUGCGCCACGACCAGCACAGCGGGUACAUGCACCACAAGUUCGCCAUCGUGGACCGGAGGAUGCUCAUCACAGGCUCCCUCAACUGGACCGCCCAGGCCAUCCAGAGCAACCGGGAGAAUGUGCUGGUCGUGGAGGACGCCGAGUAUGUGAAGGCUUUUCAAGAUGAGUUUGAAAGGAUUUGGGAAGAGUACAAUCCUGCCAAUUACAAGUUUUUUCCCAAAGGCAGUAAAUAAUUGAGCUGCCUUACAGGGCUAGUGGAGCAUGGUAACACCCACAGAUUUUAUUAUUUUGUAUAGACACCAUUGUUUUGUCUGUCUGGGUGUAACUUUGGUAAAUGUCUCCAGAGAAGUGAAGUGUUCUCUGCCCUAAAAUGCCACAGAUCCCUCGCUGUGGGUCAUUCCCGUGCUGGAGGGAAUGACACAGUGUUUGGUUGUGAGGGUGACAAUGACAGAGCUCCAUUCAUAGGCAUUAACACUUGGGCCAGGCUCAUUGCUGUGCCCUGGUGCAGACCGGGUGUGUUCAUACAGAGCAUGUUUCAGUGGUAAAAGGAACAUUUUCCAACUCAUGGGAUGGAACUGUAGCCUAUUCCAAAAGGAAUUGUAGCCCAAGGGCUCCUCUACACCGGUUACUAAAGGACAUAUAAGGGGGCUACAGCAGAGUUAAGAGUUUCUACAGAUUAAGUGCCUCAGUUACAUUUCUUGUUGGCAUUAAUUGUUGAAAGUUGGUAAAAGGAAAUUCGUGGGAAAUAGCAAAAAAAUUUUAAGUUUUGAUUGCGUACGCGUUCCUUUUGGUUAAAGGUUAGCAGAGCUCCGGUGUAAAAGCUUGAGCACCGAUGGCAAUUACAGCUUUUCUUCCAGCAAGGAAGAGUAGGGAAAUCUGUAAGGAAAUGAGAGAAAUGGUUCUCUGGGAUUAGUGUUUAUCUGGAGAGCAGACACAGCUGGAGUUGGGUUACCUGCUUCAGGUGAGGUCUGGAAAGCCUGGUUCUUCCAGGUGUUGGGACACCUUGUCACGGGCUCUGCCUCGCCUGGUAUCACCAGCCUGGGGACAGCGAGGGGAGGGAAGUGACAUCUCUGUCCCCACAGCUCAGAGUGGAACAAAGAUAAUGUAAACCUAAGAAUUUCAAACUCCAAAUAGUGUCUAAGUAAGAAUUACCUUACACUGAAUAGAAAGUGCCUUAAUACAGCUCAAAAUGAAAUGAGCUUUGAUAUUCUGUUACCAGUAGUGCUGUGAUUGCCACUGUUAAAUAAACCAUUUUUCACAGAAAACAUCAACAGCCUCAUCUGACUUUUGCAUUCCAGUUCCUGUUCCUUAUUAAGAUAUUUAUGCUACAUGGACAUUCUCAGAUUUUAAUCUAUUCUGUAAUGAGAAAGUUUGCAUGGGGAAAAGAAAAUUAUGUUACCUGUAUGGAAGCACCUGGGAAAGGUCAUUCUCCAGUAAAUCCCAUUCAGCAGCACUAAACUACUUAAAAUAUAUUAUUGCUGUCAAAAUUCUGCCUGCUGCAUUUCCUUUGUGAAGUGCAACUAUAAAAUCAAAUCUCCCUUUUCAUGCUCUGACCCCUUUUUCUUCUUUUUUAGAAAUAAACCUGUCACACACGGCAUGCAAAGGGUGGUGCAAAAAUAGUUUAUUACCAUAUAGUUAAUGUAAAGUUAGGUAAUUGUAUUUACAAAGUAAAAAUGAUCAGCUACAUCUUGGGGAGCCUAGCAUGUCACACAAGGUUUGUAAGGAAUAAAUACAGUGAGAAAAAGUGACGUUUCUAUUACAGCGAGCAGUUGGUCAGGAAUGGUGGCUCUUAAAAAAGCACUGAAAUAAACUGGGAGUGGAAGGGAGAGGGGACAGGAACUCACACACAUGGAGAAACAGGAGCCUUCCACACCCUUCCCCUUUGCAGGGGGGAAAAAGUGAUGUGUGAGAGCCCUGAGGCUGCAGCACCCCAGCGCUGCUCUGCUGCUGCUCGGUCACAUCCUCACAGAAACCACUCUGGGACAUGACUCCUUCACCCCCAGUGCUCACAGCUGCCCUGGGCUGUUCCCAGACACACAAGGCAGAGCAGAGUACCCAGAUCUGACCCAGAAUUGAGUCCCCAUCAUUGGUCAGUUGGGUGAAGCUCUGCUCAGACAUAGCCAGGGCCAGGUGCUGAGGGCACUGGAGGAAGACUGACCAUUCAUGAAUACCUGCACUGCCACAUCAGACACCACCCACAGCCUCACAGAGCUUCCUUCCCUCCCCCCAAACCUCCAUCCUUCCAAAGGAUUCUUUAAACUCUCAAGCCAUCCAGAACUCCAGGAAGGUGGACACAGGUCAAGUCAGAGCAUUCCUGCUUCUUACUUACCACAGUCUCUAGCAUUUCUCAUGCUUUGCUUUCUCUAGGUGAGAACAGUGUUCUUGUCCUGCAUGCAGGGUGAAGAAAGCAUGAAGAAAAUAAUGCUAAUUGCACCCAUUAUUGUGAAUUCAGGGCCCAGCUGGGUUAGUUCAGCUGCUACCAACUUGUCAGGUUUCUCUAGUAAAUCCCACACCUGGUUUCCUCAGCAGCCUCACACUGAGCUUGUUGUUCCCAGCCUGGUGCUCCCUCCCUGUGUCUGCAGCACUGCCUCGGAUCUUCUUGUCGUGGUUCCACUGUGUUUGAGGUUACACAGUGAGCCACAGCUCGUGGAUGUGCAGGGGAGGCUGUGGCUCCCUUGGGAAGCCCAAGAGCAUCCCAAAUGUGCUGCACAGCGUUCCUGGUGUUUCCCAAAUCCAGGGCUCACUGUGCUCACUGUACAGCCCCGGGUGGCUGUGCAAGGAGAGCUCAGCAGGGAGAUGUUGCUGCUCUCUGUAGCAACAGGGCACAGUUUGCACAUGCACAGCGUUGAUCAAACACGAGAUUAUUGAGUCCUCUGACUGGAAAAAAAUACCCCAAAUUUAUAGCAAAGUCAGUUACAGUGGUCAAACAGACUGUACACAAUCUUUGGACAGGUACUUUCAAAGCUGAAGGCAUAGAUCAGCAGAAAAGGUUUGAAAAGGUAUUUUUAACAGUCCUCAAACCCCCAAAAAAGCAGUUUAUCAGGGCAGAUGGGGUGGGUUGCUCCUCUCCCAACCCACAUGUGGGGCCUCUGUUCUACAAGACAAAAAUCAAACCCACAACUCAGUCACAAAAGAGAACCCUCUGCAAACUGCUGAGGAAUAAAUAUUUACACUGCACGCUUGGAAUACUAUACAGAUAUUAAAUUACUUUUGUUCUUAAAAAAGAGAAGAAUAAGAAAGCUUUUUUUUACCUAAAAAAAAAUGGAAAAAAUUACAGAGCAAAGGCAAACCACAGCAAGUGCUUGAGUAUACACAACAAACUGAGUAUCCAAACCAGGACAAAAAUGCAAAGAUCCUGUGGAAGUGCCAUCAAAUAGAGUUGAUACAAAAGUGACAUAUUUUGCAGUGUGACCACUUUUACUAUAGCCCAGUUCUCUGGUAUCAAAUAAAAAAUAAAAAAAUAAAAAAAAAGAAUUUUCUGGUUUGCAAGUCAGCACUAAUUCUAAGCAAUUCUAUUUUUGAAGCAAAUUAACACAAUUUGCUUCUUUUUUAAUACAUGGGCAAAGAAAAGGUGACAUUUAAAGAAGGAUUCAGUCUGGCUAAGGGGAGAUGGUGCAAAUGGAAGGAAAAUUUUACUCAGGAAAAAUAAGAUUACUUGGAACUGAGGAGACACCUGUGCCUUCAUUGCACUUGACUUUGCCUAAACCUCCCUUUUUGGUGUUAUCAACAGUGUGGAGUGAUGCAGAAUGCAGCAGCUUGCCCACACACUUUCUAAUUUAAAUAGCCACUGAUUAAUCCCAAAAGGUGGAGGAAGCCUGGAGCAGGAAGAAGCAAGAAGAUAACUGAGGAUCAUUGCUAUGAGUAAAAGGACUUGUCCCUUUAUUUUCAAGUACUGGGCUCUGCAGGAGUAUUUCAGUUUGGGGAUGUUUGGGUGCUGCAGGUUCUUUUUCUUUAUUCUAAAGGCAGGUAAAGUGCUGCCCCUUGCCCUGGAGAGAUGCUCAGAUUCACCAGAAUGAGCCCAGAACCCUUAGCAGGGGCUCAGAACAUUUGGCUGCAUAAGGAACCUUCCUCCCUCCUCUUCCUCUCAGUGACCCCCAGAAUUCACAGCUCCCACUGUAAACACACCCCAAACAUCCUUCCCAAGCACUGCCCCAGAGGGUGCAGCUGAUCCUGACAAUGUCAAGGCCACUGCUCAGCCCUGUCUGUACAGCAGACCAAGAUUCUCCAUUUAUUUUUCCAGAGGAGCCCAUGGAAAAUGUCUGCUCCUACAAGCCAGAGCAUAUGAGCAGGGGAAUCUAAGGUAGGUCAGGGUCCACAUGGCAAGAAGGAGACCAGAAUGUUCUGCUUGGUGGGCUAGAAAGGACAAAGUUCCAUCCUAAGUCUAAAGAGAAGAGGAGGAGGAGGAGGAGGAGGAGGAGGGUGUUCUCCUAGAGCCAGUGACAUCUUGCAAGGGAAGAGCAAUGGCAAGGCCCACGUGCCAUCCCAAAUCCAUGCUGCCUCUCAUUGCUGGGAGAUCAGAGCUCACCACAGACCUGGAGCAGGCAGGGAUGAAGUGGCUGGAGAGGUGAUGCAGGUGGGUCACGGUAGGAAGGUUCCCAGGUCUCAGAUGCUGGGACUGGCUGCAAAUCCACACAUCCGCGGGCACACGCUGCUGACGAGGGAAAGGCUUUGUAUCUGACAGGCUGAGCAUCUUUCCUACCCUGCUCCCAUCUCCAGGACCUCCAUGCACACCCAGGCACACAGAGCAUCCCAACAGGAACAGGUGCUCUGGCCCCUGCAAGGUGCUGGCAUCCUGCCUGGGCACAAACGGGGCUCCUCCAGCCAGGACCGGCUGCCAAGUCCUGCUGUGAGGUGCCAAGCUGGACACCUGGCCAUGGCAAGGCCACACAAGAGCCUGAUUCCCACUGUGGUUCAGUGACACCGUGUCCUGCUGAGGCUCUGGCAGCUGGAAAAGAGAUUCUGCUCCCAAGAGGAUGAAGGUAACUCUGAGAGCUGCUGUGGUCCAGCCUGGCAGGACUGGGGGUGGCUUCACCAGCCCCGUGGGCUCUGAGAGCUGCGCCUGUACCAAGCACCAGACCCAAAACCAGCAGGGAAGCACCGGGAUCUGCUGGCCUCAACCUUGGCUGAGUGCCCAAAGCACAAGAGGAAGCUCUGCUCCAUUCCACAUUCCAGCCUGAAGUGGUCACUCAGCACCUCAGCAGGCUGGGGAGCCAACGUGCCAGUCUCCUUCAGCCUUGGUGACCAGAGAGGCAGGACCUGGGAUCCUUCCAGGUGGCAUCUUGAGAUUUAUCCUGGGAUAAAGCCCCACAUCUUCAAAGCAGCACAAGCUUCAUCUAGGAAGCCUCUGCUCAGCUGGCUGUGACCAUCUAAGUGCUACCAGUUCCUCAUCCCUUGGUUUGUAUGCAUUUAUCUGCCUCACGAUGCUAAAUUAUAUGUUUUAAAUAGAAAAGCUAUUAGGACUGAGAAGGUCUGAAGCACAUACUGGUUUUGAGAUUUUUAUUUCAGGAAAAGAUUAAAGAAUUAAAAUAGGAGCUGCCCUGCUGACAAGAAGAGUUGAAUUCAAGAAGCUGGUAAAAAAGGAGCAUUAUAUGCAUUGAGCACUGUGCAUUUUCAGUCAAUAUUGGCUCUACUUUCUACUCUACUUUCCUUUGACUAGGAAAAGGGAGUUUCACAUGCGCACAGACCCUGGGAUACACAGGAUUCAAUGAGAGGAAGGGA